UGUGGGGAGUGGCAAGGCGAGGUCAAAGAUCAAGCAAGCUCCUGGCUCCGACGCCUAGGGAGAGACAGAAAUCCAUUUGUUUCUUCCCGUUCCUCGGUGUGCGCUCUCGCUCUGCGAUGCGCGUCAGGCUUGCUCACAAGGAUUAACCAACCUUGACUGCUUGCCCACCAUGGGCCCCGAAUUUCUAUCCUCUCGAGGCGAUCGCCGGCAUCGCCAACCCCAAGACGGCGACAGUUUCGAGGACCCCGUCGAGUCGGGCCCUUCUGCCGCACUCGCACCCGCAGCCGAAGAGACUGACGACACCUUGAUGACCUAUGCUGACGACGAGCGAGAAGAGGGCCAGGAGGGUGAGGAAGACGAUGAAGACGAUGAAGACGAUGAAGACGAUGAGGAGGACGACGAGGACGAUACUGCCGACGUCUGCUGUGGCCACCACAACCACCACCACAAUCCGCACCAUCACCUCCACCAACAAUCCUUUUGCCACGACUUUCCGGAGCUCUACGAUUCCGAUCCAUAUCCAUCUGACGACCUCGACAUGUCAGACGACGGUGGCGCUCCGCUGGUAAACUACCUCGACACUGCCAGCCUUCUCACCAACGACAUCAACAUGAGCGCCAGCUUUUUCGGGAACGGCUACGGGUACGAUCUCUGGAGCGGUUCCAACGUCCCCGGCGCAUUUUCUCAAGCGGGAAGCCAGGAUCAGGAUACAGCCGUUCAGGAUGACGGGUCCGUAUCGGACGAUUCAUUACCUGCGGAACUGACAAGCAACUUCACAAACCCUGCCUUCCCCUUACAACAAGCCCCACCAGAUCCGGCACCGCCGCCGCCGCCGCCGCAGUUCGAGCAAUUCUUAUUCGACUCUGAGCCUGACUCUUUCAUAAUGUGGUUCCCGGGCGGGCAUCCUGUUGCCUUGAGCAAUCCAAAUCCGAACACGCUUGGGCCGGGAAACUACGGCCUGGUGGAUUUCCUCAAACAUUGGGCUGGACAGAGCCCAGGCUUGCAAGGACUGAGCAGAGAACGGGGGAGGUUCCCAUGGAUGGGGAAGAUCAACGACCAGAAUAAGACACACCUGACUCACGUCCAGUACGCCGACCUGGAAGGGGAUCAAUGCGACUUUCAGGGGAUGGACUGGGAGGACUUGGGGGUUACGCGGAAGGAAGCGCGGGAGCGCCGCCUACUUACCUACACCAACUACGUCAAUAAAGCAGGCUCCGACAGGUGGAGUCCCCAUUUGCCAGACGUGAGCCUACCGCGGACGGAUAGCUUCUUCCGAUUCCGUCGCAUGGACAUCAGGCGGAACGUCCACCUCUCCCACUUCCAGCUGCGAAAUGUGCUGGCAAGUGCAUCUGGCACUCAGGCGUUCUACACGGGAAACGGCGUCGUCCACAAGUUUAACCCCGUCUCCGGCGAGGGAAAGACGGUCAUGAGGUUGGGUGACAUGCCGGCUUCCCAGAUCUCGACGCUCGCGGCCGAACAUGAUGUUCUGAUAGCCGGUGGCUUCACUGGCGAAUAUCUUCUUCGCCGUCUCGAUGCCGGCGACAAUGACGAUGCGGCCUGUCACGAGGGAACCAUCACCAGCCACAUCAGCGGCAUCACGAACCACGUGCAGAUCCACCAGGCGCGGCAGUCGUCCUCCCCGAGAGCCGCGUUUGCCUCGAAUGACAUGUGCUUCCGAGUGAUGGACGUCAAUACCGAGACAUUCUUGUCCUGCGAGGCGUUUGAUUACCCGCUCAACUGCACUGCUCUAUCGCCGGACCGGCGUCUCCGGGUCAUGGUCGGCGACCACCAGAACGUCCUGAUCACGGCCGCCGAAUCCAGCUGCGGCCAAGGCAGACCGGAGAUUGUGCAAGAGCUCGGCGGCCACCGCGAUUACGGCUUCGCGUGCGACUGGGCGGACGACGGCUGGACGAUAGCCACGGGGUUCCAGGACAGGUCAGUCAAGAUAUGGGACGCCCGCCGGUGGACCAACAGCUCGGGCGUCGCGACGCCGCUAUGCACGCUCCGGACGGAAAUGGCCGGGGUCCGGAGCCUGCGCUUCUCGCCGGUGGGGAGCGGGAAGCGCGUGCUCGUGGCGGCGGAGGAGGCGGACUUUGUCAGCAUCAUCGACGCCCAGACCUUCGGCUCGAGACAGACGGUGGACAUAUUCGGCGAGAUCGGCGGGAUCACGUUCAGCAACUCGGGCCAGGACCUGAUGGUGCUGUGCUGCGACCGCGUGCGCGGCGGGCUCGUGCAGCUCGAGAGGUGUGGGCUCGGGGCCGAGGCGAGCUGGGACGCCGACGAGGAGCUGCUGGGCCGCCGGGAGCAGUGGUGGCGGAGGGGCGGCACCUACGACUGGCCGCGGUCCGAGUUCACCGAGGAGAAGAGGACCCGGGAGUCGGUGACGAGGAGGCGGAGGAAGGGCGCCGCCCUGGACGCCAUGGAGCCGUUUUGAAGGGGUUCCAUUGACGUCGGUUUUUUCUCUCUCUCGAGACUUUGCAGCCUAUAUAGCCGGAGCUGUGGGUUAACUGAACCGGUAUUACUGACUAGUUGGCUGAAAGGAAGGAUGGAUGGAUGGGAUGGGAUGGGAUGGAUAGGUGGCGUUUUGGUGCAUCUUGAGA